AUGGCCGCCAACGUGUUCUCUCGCCGGGCGCUGCAGGCGACCUCUCGGCGACUGGUCGCAGCCAACCCUUCUACCUUCAGCAAGACUCCUCUGUCAAGAUUACCAGCUCCUGCUGCGGUCGCCAUGGGCCAGCACAUUCAAAAUAGACAAGCAGCAACCACGCAAGUUUCCCAAUCCGGUGCCCAAGACAUCCUCGCUGCUCAGCGUCGCCACCGCCCCGUCUCCCCGCACCUCGCGAUCUACAAACCUCAAGUAACAUGGUAUCUAUCCGCCUUGAACCGCAUCACGGGCGCCACUCUCUCGGGAGGAAUCUACGUUUUCGGUGCAGCAUAUCUCGCCGCACCCUUGUUUGGUUGGCACUUGGAAUCUGCCAGUCUGGCCGCGAGCUUCGCAACCCUACCUAUUCUCGCAAAGGUAGCCCUCAAGUCGUUGGUGGCCCUGCCUUUCACUUUCCACAGCUUCAACGGACUCAGGCAUUUGGUCUGGGAUACCGGCUCAUCUAUCACAAACAAGCAAGUCAUUGUUACUGGGUGGUCUGUCGUCGGUCUGAGUGUGGUCAGUGCGUUGGCGUUGACUUUCCUGUGA